AUGCAAGAAUCGUCUUCUAUUAACUUUGUACGGAAAACUACUCACAAAAAAGAGGAAUCGAGAAAACGAGAUAUAAAGUGCAAAGGCGGGUCGCGGAAAUCAACGGAAAACAAGCCCGAUGUCGCGCACAAAUCGUGCCAAAACUGUGGUCAAUUCCAUGGGGACAAACAGUGUAAGGCGAAGGGAGUGCAAUGCCGAAACUGUAAAAAAUGGAAUCACUACGCGAGGGUGUGCAGGAGUAAACGUGUCAAUGAAGUGAGGGCUGAUGAUUCAUCUGAGGAUAUUUACAUUGAUACAUGUACCCAUGAACCUUCUGCACAGACCAAGUAUGUAGAAUUUCAUGUAGUAGACACCCAGUCACCACCCUUGUUUGGUUUUCAGACUUCCAUAGAUUUUGGCCUAGUUAAACUCGCACAUGCUGUCACUUCCAAUUAUGUAUCCUCCCCGCUUAACAAAACAGCAGUGCUGAAUGAAUAUUCCCAGGUUUUUAAGGGCAUUGGCUCUAUUCCAGGGCAAUGUUCUAUUUAUCUGAAACAUGUGGUUCAUCCUCCACGUAGGAUUCCUGUCGCAUUACGAGAUAAAUGCAAGAAGGAGCUAGAUAAGAUGGAGAAAUUGGGGGUCAUUACAAAAGUAAGUGAGCCUACUGAGUGGGUCUAUUCAAUGGUGACAGUACAGAAAAAAUCAGGUGACUUGCGAAUAGUACUUGAUCCGGGUGACUUGAACAGAAACAUUCAACGUCCUUAUCAUCCGACGAAAACACUGGAUGACAUACUUCCCCAGCUAAACGGCGCUACAUUUUUUACAAAAUUAGACGCUAGGUCAGGUUACUGGGCCAUGCAUUUGACAGAGAAGUCUUCCAUGUUGACUACAUUCAAUACCAUAUUUGGGAGGUACAGGUAUCUGAGGCUUCCAAUGGGUAUUUCGUCUGCCAUGGAUCUGUUCCAAAAGAAAAUAGACGAAAUAUUUGAGGGUCUCCCAGGGGUAGCUGCAAUAGUAGACGAUAUUUUAGUAUAUGGCAAAACAAGGGAGGAGCAUGAUGCGAAUUUGAGAGCAGUGCUCCAAAGGUCACUAGAACAAGGUAUACGCCUUAAUCCAGAUAAGCUGGAGGUUGGGCAGUCCCAGAUUAGUUAUUUCGGUCAUGUGAUAUCUAAACAAGGUCUUAGCCCAGAUCCAGACAAGGUGUCUGCAAUUCGAGAAAUGCCUAUCCCGGAAAAUAGGUCACAACUCGAAACGGUACUUGGCAUGAGUCAGUAUCUCGCUAGAUAUGCACCUAGGCUAUCUGAGGUCACUUUGCCCUUACGAGAAUUAUUGGCGAAAGAUGUAGAAUUUCUCUGGGGUGAAUCACAGCAGCAAGCUUAUGAUCAGAUGAUUGAUAUCAUAACGCAAGCUCCUGUCCUUGCUUUCUAUGACCCGGCCAAACCCUUAGAGUUGCAAACCGACGCAAGUAGGUCAGGACUUGGGGCCACACUCCUUCAAGAAGGUAGACCUAUAGGUUAUGCCAGUAAAAGUCUUACGCCAAGCCAAAUGAACUAUGCUAUGAUUGAGUUAGAGUGUCUUGGACUGGUAUUUGGCUUGAAGAAAUUCCACCAGUGGGUGUAUGGGAAAAAAGUCAAAGUAGUUACAGACCACUUACCAUUGAUAGCUAUAUGUAAGAAACCCUUAUUUGCUGCACCUGUUAGGUUACAGCGGCUGCUCUUAAACAUUUCACAGUAUGAUAUAGAUGUCACUUAUAGGCAGGGAACUCAGAUUCCUUUACCAGAUACUUUGUCUAGAUUUCCGGUCAAGGAUACAGAUCCGUCCCUGACGGAAACUGUAGAAGUCCAGGUUAAUAUGGUCAAAGAAGCUUACCGGGAUGAGCUUACCGUCAUGGAUGGGGUAAUAAUGAAGGGUCACAAAAUUGUUAUUCCUAAAUCUCUAAGGGCAGACUUAUUGUCAAAACUACAUUCUUCAAGUCAUAUGGGAAUAGAGAAAACAAUAAGUAGAGCAAGUGAUAUUGUUUUCUGGCCUAGAAUCACCCAGGAAAUUAAAGAUCUCGUUCUGAAAUGUCCUGUAUGUUUGCAACACAGAGACUCAAACCAGAAAGAACCGCUUGUCUACACCCAAGUUCCAGAAUACCCAUGGCAGGUAGUUGGCACAGACCUAUUUGAGUUCAAUGGCAAAGACUUUUUGAUAGUCGCUGACCAUUAUUCACAUUACUUUGAGGUCAAAGAGCUGCCUAACUGUAGAAGUUCGACAGUAAUAAGUAGGCUCAAGGGCAUAUUUGCUAGAUUGGCAUACCAGAAAUUGUAG